AUGGCUCCCCCAACAACUGCCCUCGAAUUUCUCGAUUUUGUCAAUGCCUCGCCGACCCCCUACCACGCCGUCGCCGCCUCAGCUUCGCUCCUUGAGGCUGCCGGCUUCACCAAGAUCAAGGAGCGCGACAGUUGGGCCUCAAUCGUCAAGCCCGGCGGCAAGUACUAUCUCACUCGAAAUGGCUCGUCGAUUGUGGCCUUUGCCGUCGGCGCUCUCUGGAAGCCGGGCAACCCCAUCGGCAUGGUCGGAGCCCACACAGAUUCGCCCGCUCUCCGCGUGAAGCCCGCCAGCAAGCGCACUGCGAACGGCUACCUCCAGGUUGGCGUCGAGACGUACGGCGGUGGCAUUUGGCACAGCUGGUUCGACCGGGACCUGAGUGUGGCCGGCCGGGUCCUGGUGCGGGAGGGCGAAGGCGAGGGUAACUUUGCGCAGAAGCUGGUUAAGGUCGACAAGCCCAUCCUGAGGAUCCCAACUCUGGCCAUCCACCUCCACCGGCAGACGAACUUUGAUCCCAACAAGGAGGACGAGCUGCUGCCCGUCGCCGGGCUGGCCGAGGCCGAGCUGAACAAGGCCGCCGAGCCCGAGGCCGAAGGCGAGAGUGAAUUCCAGCCCCUGAAAGCCCUACCCGAACGGCACCACCCAGCCUUCCUCUCCCUCGUUGCGGCAGAAGCCGGGGUCGACGUCUCCCAGAUCGUCGACUUUGAGCUCAUCCUUUACGACACCCACAAGGCCUGCCUUGGCGGCCUUAACGACGAGUUCAUCUUCUCCGCCCGCCUCGACAACCUCAACAUGACCUUCUGCAGCAUCAAGGGUCUCAUCUCCUCCGUUACCUCCACCCCGCUCGACAACGACACCAGCAUCCGCCUGGUAGCCUGCUUCGACCACGAGGAGAUCGGCUCCCUGUCCGCGCACGGCGCCGACUCCAAUCUGCUCCCGGCCAUCCUGCGCCGCCUGUCCGUCCUGCCAGGCAGCAGCACCACAAGUCCCUCCUCUGCCUCCUUCUCACCCUCACACGAAGACCUGGCCGCCUCAACAGCCUUCGAACAAACACUCGCGACUUCCUUCCUCCUCUCGGCUGACAUGGCCCACGCGGUGCACCCCAAUUACGCAGCUAAGUACGAGCGCAACCACACACCUGCCAUGAACAAAGGCCCCGUCAUCAAAAUCAACGCCAACCAGCGGUAUGCGACCAACUCGCCGGGGAUCGUCUUGAUCCAGGAGGUCGCGCGGCAGACCAAGGUGCCACUGCAGCUGUUUGUCGUGAAAAAUGACUCGCCGUGUGGGAGCACGAUCGGGCCGAUGCUGUCUGCGAAGCUUGGGGUUAGGACGCUCGACAUGGGGAAUCCGCAGCUCGGGAUGCAUAGUAUUCGCGAGACAGGCGGUAGUUGGGAUGUGGAGCAUGCUGUGAGGUUGUUUGAGGGGUUCUUGGGGAGAUUCGGGGAGUUGGAGCGGAGGGUUCUGGUUGAUUAG